AUGGCAAUUACAAGAGCUAAAAGUACUACUGUUAAGGCAGAAAUAUCGAACGGGGUGAGUUCUCCCAAGAAGGUUGUUAAAACUACCAAAGUUAGUAAAACGAAUAGUAGGACACCACCAUCACCAAAGAAGAAGCCUCAUCUUGAAGACUUGCUAGGGCAUAUCGAGAUACCGACAGAUAAUAAAUUACCGGCUUCAUAUUUAGAAUACUACGAUUCUGAGUUUGCUAAGGGUUUGAAUUGGGUUGUUGAGAAAGAUCCUUCAUUGUACCCAGUCAUAGUACACCAAAACUUUGAACAUUUCAAAAGGAAGGAAUCCGAAGAAUCACUAAGCGAUGAUGAGAUCAUAUUGAAGUACUGGUAUGCAUUAAUUUCAAGUGUUAUUAGUCAGCAGAUAUCUGGACUGGCUGCAAAGUCGAUUGAAGGGAAAUUUAGGGCACUCUUUGAAGAUGGAAAACCGACUCCAGCGAAAACUCUUUCCAAGAGCCUUGAAGAACUCAGAAGUGCAGGUUUAUCGAACCAAAAACUGAAUUAUAUUACACAUAUUAGUCAAGUUUUCAGUGAUCCAAAUUCAAAUUUAUCUAAGAUUGAGUUCUACAAAGAAAAUUCUGUUGAUCAGGUUAUUGAGGAACUAACUUUAUUGAAGGGAAUAGGUUUGUGGUCAGCGAAGAUGUUUGCACUUUUCACAUUAAAUAAUCUUAAUGUAUUUGCCUACGAUGAUUUGGGUAUUGCAAGAGGUGCUGCAAAAUAUUUGAUAAGGAGACCAGAGUAUCUUCAAAAAAUCAAAGCGGAAGUUAAUGCUGAUGAAGAAUUAAAAAAGUUAUUGAAACGAAAAUCAAAGUUCGAAUCAUCGAAAGGUAAGAGAGAUUGGGUUCCAUAUCAUGAUGAGUAUAUCAAAUACUUAGGAUUAGAAUUUAGUCCUUACCAGCUGGUGAUAAUGCUUAUAUUUUGGCGACUUGGUUCAACCAACAUCGAUGUCUUGGAAAAUACUGGUGUAAGAUAA